UAUGUCCAACGCCGCCUCUCUGUGAUGUAAUACUUUCUCAUUUUCCUUGGAUAUCAAACACUUACUAUUAGCGUUUUGUCUUUAAGUGGUCGGUCGCAGUUUGUUUCAUUUGAUCUAGCAGUAUGCGUGUGAAACUGGUUACCGUUCUUUGCAUCGCACUUGGUGCUUUGGCGUUAGUGGAAGGAAAAUCCAUAAGCAAAGAAAAUGCCGAACUCGAGAUUAAACCAAAGGAGGAGUUGGAAGAAGAGAAACACAAUAAGAUGACCGAAUCAGAACCCACGAAUGAAGAAAGCGAAUCCGCAAACGAUGAAAGCAAAAACAUCAAACCCAAAGAAGGGCUAGAGGAAGAGAAGAAUAGCAAGAUGGUUAUAGACUCAGAAUCACCAAACGAGGAGAGUGAAUCCGAAAAUGAACAAAAAGUUAAAGAUCCCUGCGUUUGCGACAAAACGACUAAAAAGCAAUGCAAAGAGGCGACAAAGAAAUCUAAAUGCACUGAAAAAUGUAGCAGCCAAUGCAGCACUCCAUGCAAAGAGAACAAGGGAUGUAAAGACAACGAUCAGCCGAACAAAUGUUCAUGCAAGUCCCAAGGAGAUGAAGGAAAGAAAUGCAAAAGUAUUAAACCAACUGAAGGCGAGAAGAAAUGCAAUUGUAAAAGCAAAGCAGGUGAAGCCAAACAGGCAAUUCCAAAACCAGGCGCUGCUGUCUCUGGUGCUGUGCAACCUGUGGCUGGUUUAUCAGCCCAGCACGGCAUCGGGAAAAAAGUCAAUUCCAGUAAGAAAUGCUGCUGUGAUUGCUGUCACGAUUGCUGUCAUGAUUGCUGCUGCGACUGCUGCCACGACUGUUGCUGUGACUGCUGUCACGAUUGCUGCCACGACUGCUGCUGCCAUUGCUGCUGCGAGCCUUGCUGUUGUUGCCACUGCUGUGAGCCAUGCUGCUGCUGUUGCCACGAGUGCUGCUGCCCCUGUUGCCACUGCUGCCACUGUUGCCACCAUUGCCCGUGCUGUUGCGGCUGCUGUAAGAAGUCCAAGGCACAACUCAAUUCCGCUGCUUUGGCCGCUGCUGCCGCGGCUGCCGCCUCCCGCCCGGAACACCACUGAAGUCGAAGUCCUUUCCCUACGUUUAAAAUGAUUGAAGCUGAUUCUAGCAGCACACCUUUUGUUCUCCCGUAUUAUAGCUUUGCAUACACGUUUUCAUUGACUUGUUUUUGCAAAGGAGAACUUUAGCCAUGUGAACUACUAAGUUUUAAAGUUUAGAAAUGGACUGCCGCCAUUCGUAUAUAAAAGUGAAACAAUUAUGAGUGUAGACUGCGAGCAGUCCCUGUUUUUCCAUAUAGAGCGAACGCGAAAAGAGCGCAGUGUAGGUUGGAAUUACCAAAUGUUUGUGAGCACAAGGGGUUUUUUGGCUGUCAGCAAACAUUCUGCAAAAACAUGAAGAGUAUUGCUGUUCGUUUUAUUUAGAUACCAUGAUUACGAUUAAUAGUCUGCGUGCAUUCGUCUCCGAGAUAGGAAAUAGAAGGAGUUUGUAUGAAGGAUACAUUCUUUUGUUCAUUCAAGAUUUUCUGAAAUGGUAAACAAUGUAAUUAUUGAUGUCAAGUACAAUAAAGAAUAGAAAUUAUAGUUAA